GUUCCCGGCUGUGUUGAACCUGGCGUCAAUGGCAGAUAUAACGGCUAAUGCUACAUGUGGUUCAAUGGGUCCAGAGAUGUUCUGUAAGCUGGUGGAACAUGUACCCGGCCAGCCAGUUAGAAACCCUCAGUGUCGAAUCUGCAACCAAAAAAGCACAAAACCAUUUGAGAAGCAUCCCAUUGAAUAUGCCAUAGACGGGACCAAUCGUUGGUGGCAAAGUCCCUCUAUCAAGAAUGGAAUGGAGUACCACUAUGUGACUAUCACACUGGACUUGAAACAGGUUUUCCAGAUCGCCUAUGUGAUUGUAAAGUCAGCCAACUCACCUCGCCCAGGCAACUGGAUCUUAGAGCGUUCAAUAGAUGGUGUGACCUUUGAACCCUGGCAGUACUUCGCCAUCACAGACACAGAGUGCCUGACAAGGUUCAACAUUAAUCCACGGACAGGACCUCCAUCCUACACCAGAGAUGAUGAAGUUAUCUGCACAUCUUUUUAUUCAAAGAUUCACCCUCUGGAGAACGGAGAGAUCCACGCUUCUUUGAUCAAUGGUCGUCCCAGUGCAGAUGACCCCUCCCCGACCUUGCUGAACUUCACCUCUGCCCGUUACAUCAGGUUGGUGUUUCAGCGAAUCAGAACGCUGAACGCCGACCUCAUGACUCUGACACUCAAUGACCCAAGAGAUAUCGAUCCCAUCGUGACUAGACGGUACUACUAUUCUAUUAAGGACAUAUCAGUCGGAGGGAUGUGUAUCUGUUACGGACACGCCAAAGCCUGUCCACUCAACACUGUUACAAAG